AGGUUGUUAAUGAUCAAUAUGAAGGUUAUUUAAUCCUUUUUUUCUUAAUCCAAGCCACACAUGAAAAUCAUUCAGAGACUUUCUAUCUUUCUGAUGAUUGAUAUUGCAGUUUUUGAACAUCAAUUCCUCAACCUGAGUAUCCAGAUUUCUUAGAAAAAAAUAAGCAUCGUAGGUGCAAGCUGACCUUAUACAACACUGCAUCAAGCCUGCCUCCGAAUGGAUUCCUCCCAUUGAUGAUGACAUCUAAGACCAUUAUCUGAAUUUGAGUACUGUAUCUGGGGCCUGUAAUUGAUUCCUUCCUUUGACAAGUAUAUGUGAGUCAUAUAUCUGAAUUCUGAGUAUUGCAUCUGAAUCUAGAAUCAAGUCUUUCGCCCGAGCCCUGGCUCCUGGACCUGAGCACUGUUGGGCCUGUGCGGUCGGACCGUGAGUCAUUUUGGUCGUUCCUGUUUUUUUUUUUUUUUUUUUUUUUUUUCUCAUGGAACCCAAUUUCCUCGGUAAUCUCCCGUAAAAUUGAGCACGCCCGCCUCCAGCGGCGUAAAUCGAGAGAAAAAUUACCUUCCGCGCUGACCUCUAACGACUCGCCUUCCUGCGCGCCGGUCGGCGCAACAAAGAACUUAUUUACCCAUAACACCCCCCUGCUGUCGGCGCGGGAUUUGGCGCGUCGCCGCUCCGCCAUUACCCAGCAGGCAGCGAAAACCUUCGCCUGUCCGCCCACGAGCUCUGUGCACUGGGACGGGUUCCAGGCCAACGCUGAGCACGGGAGAACUGCAAAAAAAAAAAAAGCUCCAGCCCGAGGCCGAGCUGGAGGAGAGGCAGAAGCGUCUGGGAAAUGCAAUUAACCCCCCAUCGGCACCACCAGCUGACUGCUCUGGGGCCGAGGGGGCCUUUUUCCAAAGGCCACUCCUGGAGGGAUGAAAUUAUUUACUCCUGACGUUCUGCAACAUCUCUGGAUGAUUUACGCCUCUCGGCCAUGUUAGAGGUCUCCGAACCUCCCCACACUGAGGGGCUGGGCACGGAGACGAACCUGGGAACUUCAACCACUGCCUGUAAAAAGGUGCAGUGCAGCCGCGGUCCGCUGGACUCCGCUGACUUCUGGUCGAGGAACGAGAAGGAGCUCUGCCCAAUCGGCUUCCUGGAGGAACGCGGCGCGGGCCGCCGUGCCGAGGUCUGUUUUGUGAACCUGGAGCAGCAUGAUCUCACCCAAAAGGAUGGUGACAGGUGGACCAAGGCGUUAGCAUCCAUCUCUCCAUCCUUGCCGGAACUCGUCUUCUCCGAGGACAUGCAGCAUCUUCAGGAGAGUGAGGUCAUGCUCCUGAGCGACCUGCAGUCUCCCAAGACAUGUCCGUCUGGCUCCGCCUCCCACCAAGGCCAGAGAGCCGCCAGCGUCUGUCUGGUUCGUGGUGCGGGCAGCCGCCGGCCCGACGGCGUGGCCCGCGAGGUGAACCGGUUCCUGACCGGCCUGGCGUCGGCCCGAGAGCGGCAGAGCGGCGGUGGCGGCAGUGGCCUGCCGGGCCGAUGGGCCGCGGAGGACGCCGAGCUCUCGCUGUCCUCUGUGGAAGAAGACUUCCUGUCCACUUCAGAACACCUGGGGGAGAGCGGUGAGGGGGACCCCCUCCAAACAGAUUGUGGCAGUGGAAGCAACACAGAGACUCUGCAGAGCAGGACGGGCCCAUCGGAGCCCGGCGACAGCCAGGUGCCCUCUGCCGUGACCCCUGACCUCCUCGUCCCCUCCCUGUCGCAAACGACCCUGCCCGGCGAGGAGCACGAGGCGGCCCCCUUCUCCCAGUCCCGCUCCUUCAAGCUCCCCAAAAUCAUCAUCAUGCAGAGCACGGACAGCGACGAGGGGACGGAGGACCGGCCGGGGUCCCCGACAGCGCCGGGACAGGGGCUGGCGUCUCGCUCCUCGUGCCCCUGCCCCGACCUCCCGCCCUUAGUGUGCGCCGCCGCCGCCGCCGCCACCACCGCCACCUCCGGCCGACCCUGGCUCCGCGGCCCCGCCUCCCCGCUGCUGAGGCCCGUCGGCGAGCGGCAGGACUUCUCCCUGUUCCCCGCCCUGUGCGGGGUGGCGCAGGUGGCGGGCGCGGUGGCCCUGGCCGACCUGGCCGACGCGGACGCCGCCGCCGGCGCGGAGGCGUUCCGCGCCAACAUCGCCCGGACGCUCCUCGGGGAGGCCGCCGCCGUCCUGUGCCGGCGGGACGAGCGGGGGAGUGCGGCGGACCACCCGCGGUCCGGCGGCGGCGACGGUGGCGGCGGCGCGAACGACGCCGUCCCGGGAACGGACGUCCCGCGCCGGGGCCGCCGGAGGGCCGACCGCUUCGCCCGCGCGGUCGCCGACGGCAUCUGGGAGCGCGCGGCGAAGAGCGUCGCGGCGAAGGAAGGGCCGGAAGGCCCCGGCGGAGACGUCUCCAGAGUGCAGGACGCUCUGCUGGAGAGCGUCAACGGCGUGCUGUUCGACGUCCUGUGCAUCACGGCGAAGAGAAUCGCAGACGUUUCGGCGCACGACGUGGACACGCUUCUCAGACAGGAGAGUGUAAUUCACCCCGGAGACCGAGGGGCUUCGAAAAGGUCAAGCGGGGAAACUUUGAUCCAGUUACUGCCGCUCCCUGCGUCAGGGCUGACCGAUACCGGGGGACAGAGCAGUGCGUCUCGCUGUCCAGAUGGGCCGUCUGCCUUUUCAGUGAUGAAGAAGGAGGAAUGUUCCCAGGAGGAGGAGGAGGAGGAGGGAGAGGUGAAAGAUGAAGACGCUGAAAUGCCAAGCUCACGCUGCCAGCACAAAGGCAGCGAUCGCCCGGGAGCCGGUCAAGUUGAAGGGCCGUGCUCUCCUGUCAGCGGCCGCUCUAACCUGUCAGGGCAAGGGGGCGGGGGAAACACGGCUGAGGUCAAAAUCGAUUCGGCGAGCGAGAGAACGCCCCCCUGCUCGGACUCCGAGAGCUGCCCCUCGGUCAGAGAGAGAACGGCGCCAAUCCCAAUCCCUGAGACUAAGUGCUCUCUGCUGCCCCCGCAGUUGGUCGUGAGAAGCGCGGCGCGCGGAGAGCUCGCGUCCCCCGUCUCCGGCUUCGCCGACGACCUGGCUGCCACGGUCGUCUCCAUGGCGACGGAGCUGGCGGCGAUCUACCUGGAGAACACCAGCGGGAAGCAGCCGUGGUUCUGCAGCAGCCUGAAGGGCCUGGCCUCCAAGGCUCCGCAGCGCCUCCUGCUGCCCUGCCGCGGCACUGCGGGAAGGAGAAAGGAGGCGCAGGGUGACGGCGGAGGUGGAGGCGGCGGCGGCGGCAUUUCGGCAGUCGCCAAGAAGCACCGCCCGCCACGUCUGAGCGAGAUUAGGCGCAAGGCGGAGGAGCAGCCGGAGCUCAUGGAGCGCCUGGUGAACCGGGUGGUGGACGAGACCGCGAUCCCAGACGAGCCCCCGGACGCCGCGUCAGCGUCCGCGGCCGCCGCCAAGGUCGCGACCUGUCCCGAGCUCAGCGUGGUGGACAUGUCCGCCGACGAUCAGCCCCACGGCCGGCUGGGGCACGGGCGUUCGGGGGCAGAGAGGGCGGCCGGUCAAGGAGGCGUCCCGGAGGAGGUCGACUAUAACCCCUCCGCUGCCCUGGGCCCGGCCGACCGCCUGGGCCAGGACCUGAGCCGCAGCGGUUCCAUGUCGAAGCAGUCGAGCUGCGAGAGCAUCACGGACGAGUUCUCCCGCUUCAUGGUGCAGCAGAUGGAGAGCGAGGGGCGGGGCUUCGACCUGCUGCUGGACUACUACGCGGGGAAGAGCGCCAGCGGCAUCCUGAGCGCGGCCGUGCAGCAGGCGGCCGGCAAGAGGAGCAACGGCCGCCUCGCCGUGCGGCCCGCCUGCGUCUCCAAGCAGUCGAGCACGGAGAGCAUCACGGAGGAGUUCUACCGCUUCAUGCUCCGGGACCUGGACUGGGAGGGCGGGGACCGCGGCGGCUUGUCCGGGGCCAAGGAGUGGAGCAACACCCUGCUGCCUCCGUCUCCCAGGACCCCCUUCUGCGUCCGCCAGUCGUCCGUGCCGGACCGCCGCUCGUCCGACUCCAGGCUGACCGUGAACGCGCCCGUCAAGGCCAACUCCUUCGACGACUUCGGCCGGAGCGGCCGCCGGGACGCCCCGGACGUCAGCCCCGCGGGGUCGCCGGGCGCGGAGACGACGGGCCUGUGCAGGUCGGACUCGUGCCUCUACCGGGGGCGGGGCCAGACGGACCGCAUCACGGACGCGCUGAUCCACGAGACCUGGCGCGGCUCCAUCGAGUCCCUGAUGCGCAAGAACAAGAUCAUCGGCGACGAGCCGGAGCACCCGGACGCGGCGGACGCGGCGGACGCGGCGGACGGGCCCGGGGGCCGGCGGCCGCACGUCGAGCUCUUCGCCAACCGCCUGGUGGCGGACAUCAUGGAGAGCGGGAAGUCGUCGCUGGGCGGCCGGCGACCCGCCUCCGUGGGCGAGAGGAGGCGGUGCUUCAGGGCCAGGGCGGAGUUUGACUGGAGUGGGCGGGGCCAGGGAGGAGACUCCACCCCUCCACGGGGCUCCAGGGACGUGCCGCAGAUUCACAUACAGGACGAUCAGAGGGAGCAGCUCGACGAGGACGGUCCCCGCCGCUCACCGGAGGAGACUCCACAUUCGCCGAUGAGCCGGGAAACCUGGGACCUGGGCGAUCCUGCUAAAGAUUGCCUGGAGAAUGGAGAAGCAGGGGGCAGUGGCAGUCAGAUGGAGUUGUUGGUGAUGAACUUUGACCUGGGCGGGGAGUGCGUAGACGGGAACCUUCGAGCGACACUGCAGUGGAUUGCUGCGACAGAGCUGGGCCUGCCAGCCAUCUGUUUUCAGAAAGCUCCAGGGAGAACGGACAAGUUCCAGGAGGUGGUGCAGCUCGUGACCCGGAGGGGCUGGACUGUGGGCCGCCUCUUCUGCGCUGUGGUGCACUUCUGUGAGGCGCGAGAGGCAAGGGCCGACUUUAUGGACUGGCUGUUGGAAAGACUCCGCCCCUGAUACAUUUACAUAUUACAUAAGACUCCGCCCCUGAUACAUUUACAUAUUACAUAAGACUCCGCCCCUGAUUCAUUUACAUAUUACAUAAGACUCCGCCCCUGAUACAUUUACAUAUUACAUAAGACUCCGCCCCUGAUACAUUUACAUAUUACAUAAGACUCCGCCCCUGAUUAAUUUACAUAUUACAUAAGACUCCGCCCCUGAUUCAUUUACAUAUUACAUUAGACUCCACCCCUGAUACAUUUACAUAUUACAUUAGGCUCCACCCCCAAUAUAUUUGCAUAUUAUGUAAGACUCCACCCCUGACACAUUUACAUAUUACAUAAGACUCUGCCCCUGAUACAUUUACAUAUUACAUUAGACUCCACCCCUAAUAUAUUUACAUAUUAUGUAAGACUCCACCCCUGAUACAUUUACAUAUUAUAUUAGAUUCCACGCCCAAUGUAUUUACAUAUCUCGUACAACUCCACCCUGAUACAUUUACAUACUACAGGAGACUGCACUGCAGAGCAUUUACAUACUGUAAGACUCCUUAUGUAAAUUCAUUCAUUUAUCGCAGAUUUAAUUAAUUCAUUCAUUCAUUCCUACCCGGAUACAUUUACAUUGCAGGAGACCCCAUCCAUGACCUGUUUUCACAACCUGGCUGUUCCUUGUUCCAAAUAGGAUUUUUAAAAACAAGGUUUCUUCACAAUAUGGCAAAACGGCAUCGGGGCGACAUAGCUCAG